CAAUAAGACCCCAACAGCCACUAGUAAUUCUAAUACUGCUUCAUCUGUGUCUCGUCGGUACUACUACCUCUCUCCGAUUCAUGUGCAGCAAGUCUUUUUUCCUGACCAAAAGAGCGUCGUUGGACAGCAGGACGACAAAAACGCAGCGGCCUUACCGUACCUGCAGAAGCUCGACCAAGAUUUACGGCAGUGUCGUAGGGGCUGUACCAGAGAGGGAUUGAUCAAAGGAUCACCAGAAUGGGCGCGCGCGUGGUCGAGGUUUUGUUUGGUGUUGAAAAUUGUUCCUGUCGCAGGUGAAGCUAGAAAACGCAAUAAAGCUGAAACUGGACGCAUAAAAAACCCAGGAAUUCGUGGCAGCAUCACGCAACGUCCCAUGAACCUAAAACUUGACACCAAUGAUGCAGCCUUGACGACUUUCUUCGGUGGGCUGCUUUCCCGAAAC